CUUCCGCUUCCGCCCACAACAAACAUGGCGGCGGCGCGGCCCGGAGGGGAAGGCGCUCCGGCGGGAAACAAGGACCCGCACCGCUGCAGCCGGCGGGCCGCGGUCGGUGGCUGUGUCCCUGCUAAAUGGUGAUGUCCCCCGCCCUGGGGAUGGAGGCAAGGGGUGUCCCCGGCCCCGUCCCUGCACUGGCCACGGAGCCACGGUUCGCCCAGCGCCUCAGGGAGCAUUUGGAAGAGGAGCAGCUCCUGGAUGGGCGCUACCGGCUGCAGGAGGUGCCAGGAGGCCGGGUGGCCCUGCCUGUGCUGGAGGAGAAGCUUGACCAGCUGCAGCUGCCCCAGGAGAUGCCCUGUGAGCUGCUCCACAUCCAGGACCCCGUCCCCUCCAGGGCAGCCCGCAGGCAGACACCCCCCAGGAAGCUGCGGGACGAGCUGCGGCGGCUGCUGGGCGAGAGCUGGUGGGAGGAGCUGGAGCGUGAUGUGCCACGCGCCUGGCAGCGCCACGGGGACCUGGUCCUGCUGAGCGAGGACAGCUUCAGGGCUGCCCCCUGGGAGAAGCUGGGUCCGGAGCUCUGGGAGACAGUGGCCUCGGCUCUGGGUGCCCGGCGGCUGGCCAGGCGAGGACGGGUGUUGCCAGAUGGCAUGCGUUCCCCCAGUGUCACCCUGCUGCUGGGCCAGGAUGGCUGGGUGGAGCACGUGGACAACGGGAUCAGGUACACGUUCGACGUGACCAAGUGCAUGUUCUCGCCGGGCAACAUCACGGAGAAGCUGCGGGUGGCCUCCCUGCCCUGCUCCGGGGAGGUCCUGGUGGAUCUCUACGCAGGCAUUGGCUACUUCACGCUGCCCUACCUGGUCCACGCGGCGGCCGCCUUCGCCCACGCCUGCGAGUGGAACGGCCACGCCGUGGAGGCCCUGCAGAGGAACCUGGCUCUGAACGGCGUGCAGGACCGCUGCCGUGUCCACCACGGGGACAGCCGGCAGCUGGAGCUGCGGGACGUGGCCGACCGGGUGAACCUGGGGCUGAUUCCCAGCUCGGAGGAAGGCUGGCCGGUGGCCUGUCGUGUCCUGAAGAAGAGCACGGGUGGGGUUCUCCACAUCCACCACAACGUGGAGAGUCCCCCGGCACCGGCCCCAACGCAGAGCCCGGUCCUGCGGGCUGAGACAGGGUCUGCAGAAGGAGCUGGCUCCGAUGGAGAGGUGCGGCGGCCAACGGAGGACAGCGGGAAGGUGCCCCCGGGGGCCAGGAUCAGGCCUGAGUGGCAGAGGUGGGCUGAAGCCACGGCGUCACGGAUCCGGGGGCUGCUGGCAGAGCUGCACGGGCAGCCGUGGCGCACCAGCGUCCUGCACGUCGAGGCGGUGAAGUCCUACGCGCCCCACGUGCAUCACCUCGUGCUGGACCUGGAGUGCCGGCCCACCUUGCCCACCUAGGUGGCCACGGGCCCUGGUGUGGCUCCAGCUCCCACAAAAUGCUGGCCGUUGGAGCAUCCGUGGCCAGGAGAUGGUACCAUGUCCUGCUGCCAGCCUGGCUGUGCUUUUACAUCCCCUCGUUCCUGCGUGCCUUCCAGUUCCCAGGGCACCGAGGGGUGUGCUCCCAUGGGAGAUCCCAUGGCCUGGCAUGGAGCCCGAAGCUCUGCCUGUUGCUGCCCAGAUCAUGGACACAGUGGUGGCACCUUCAGCCCCAUUUUCACAGGGGGCUGAAUAAACCUCCAAUUCCUGCCAGGCUUCCUUUCAGUGGGACAGAGUUUGUGGUUACAUUCACCAGUGUGGUGGAAACAGGUCUGUUCCUCUCGGUUUCUUCUCCCCUUUUUUGCAGAAAUAGAGAUGUUUCCCAC